AUACUCGCCGGCCGGAGAACAAGAAUUCUGAAAUCACAGAAAGGAUCUUCGCCGGAAUUGCGGUUUUGGAGAUGGAGGAAGAGAGUAGUAAGCCAGGACCAGAGAGUACAGAGUUCUCAGGGCACACGAGCUGGAACAGCAACUACUUGUUCAGCAGCGAACGAGAGAGCAGUAUUUUAAGCGAAUUCGGAUGGAAUUUGCAGCAAGAAACGUUGGUUAGAGAUCCAGAGACCUUUAGUUACUACUCUGCCUUCAAUCAGAUCGAGUUGGACGAGAACUCGUAUUUGGCGGGAAGCCUCAGUUCACAAUCACAACAGAGCCAAACAACGAUUAUCGUUCCUACUAGAUCUGUAUCGGUUAAUGAUAAAUCUCCGAGCGGUGGUGAUGCAUCAUCGCCUUCGAAUCAACCGUCGGUUUCUUCAAGCUCCACCGAAGAACCGCCGGAAAAUUCGACGGGAUCUGACGGAAAACUCCCUAAGAUAGCUAGUAGUGAAGGUAAAAAAAAGGGGCAAAAACGGAUUCGACAACCAAGGUUUGCAUUCAUGACUAAGAGUGAAGUUGAUCAUCUUGAAGAUGGCUACAGGUGGCGAAAAUAUGGACAAAAAGCAGUCAAGAAUAGCCCAUUUCCUAGGGGAUAUUAUAGGUGUACAAACAGCAAAUGCACAGUGAAGAAGAGAGUGGAACGCUCAUCUGAAGAUCCAUCCAUUGUGAUCACAACAUACGAAGGCCAACACUGUCACCAAACAGUUGGUUUCCCAAUUGCUGGUAUCACUCCUCAUGAUCAGUCUGGCUUUGUUUCGAGCCGUGUGCAAUUCCCAAUAGGAAGAGGGUCACUUCAUGUCAGCCAAUUGCACCUGCAGGCCUCAGGUGAAGUAGUAGUAGGGCAAUCUCAUCAAGGCAGCAGCAGCAGCUUGUCCAAGCAGCAGCAGGUGAUGUUGCCUGAUUCAAUGACGAACGAAGGAUUGCUUGGUGAUGUUGUACCUGCUGGAAUGCGUAGCCUGAUGAAUUGA